UGUUUUGGAUUGCCUCAUUGAUGCGACGACCAUUUGUCUGCAAAAUGGGCUUUAUUGUUGAUGGUUGUAUAAUCAAAUCUGUUAGAAAUUUAUAUAUAAACUUACACAGAUUAGGCAAGGAUUUUGAUGAAUAUUUUAAUGGUGAACAGUGAACAAGGGAUAUAUUAUCAAGGAAAUGCAGUCAGUUUUAGUAUACGGUCGCCAGGCGGUUCGUGCAAUACUUGGAACUUUACCAUAUGACGCUAGCAGCAGCCUUGACUAUCACCGUCGGCGAAAAACGCAGUUGGUGACCGCUUCGUGUGGCUUCUCAAAAUUGGAAGACGUAGCUACUCCCCAGGUUUUAAAAAACGGGACCUUUGGGGACGAUGCAUGGUUUAUUGCCAGCUACAAAGGCGUUGAUGUCUUAGGUGUAGCUGAUGGUGUUGGAGGGUGGAGAGACUAUGGCAUUGACCCAUCCAAGUUCCCAUGCCAGUUGAUGAAGACCUGCGAAUCAAUAGUGAGACAAGGCUACUUCAAUCCUGAUUCGCCAGUGUCAGUUUUAGCCAAGGGGUACAGAGAGUUAAUGCAUAAUAAAUAUCCAUUAAUUGGGUCAAGUACAGCCUGUAUUGUUAUCAUGGAUAAUGAGAACAAAAUGGUGCACUCUUCAAAUUUAGGCGACUCCGGGUUCAUGAUUGUUCGAGGCGGUAGGAUCGUUAGCAGAUCUGUCGAGCAACAGCACUAUUUUAAUACACCCUACCAAUUAUCAAUACCACCGCCAGGGCUAGGUUCCGUCCUGACCGACAGCCCUGAAUCUGCAUCAAAUAAAUCGGUGUGUGUCCAGGAGGGUGAUCUGAUUCUCAUAGCCACAGAUGGUCUGUUUGAUAAUAUGUCAGAGAAUAUGAUAUUAAAAGAACUGUCAAAGUUGCAGGAUCAAACGUUAGAAAAUCUCCAGAAGACAGUGAACACCAUAGCAGAAAGAGCAAGGCAACUAGCUUAUGAUCCAACAUAUUUAUCACCUUUUGCAAUGCAUGCCAGAGAAAAUGGCUUAGAUUUCAUGGGUGGUAAACCAGAUGACAUCACAAUUCUUUUAUCAGCUGUACGUUGUCCAGACGAAUACGAAGAAUCAGCCUUAUAGCGCAGGUUCCUGGUGGCAGGCACAUCAAUACCACGCCACAAAAGACAUUUUGAAAUGACAAGCACUGAUGAAACCCCACACAAACCUAUUGUGUGAUACCAUGACUGAUUAAGGAGAUGAAUAUGAGGAUUGUAUAGUAAACUCAUAGUGAUUCAGGGUUGAAUCUUGCCAUGAGAGUCAAAAAAACGCAAUGACAAGUUGUACUUGAAUGGCACAGUGUAAAAGAUAUUUUGUGUACUCUUUCAUCAUCAGAAUUUAUUUGUAAAGACCUGUUCUUGAGGUCGAGCAUUUAAGAGUUUACGAGGAAAAUCAUAUAAGAAGAGUAGUAGCAUCACUCUACUUGAAUAGUGCUAUGUAGAAGAUACUUUGUGUAUUCCUUCAUCAGAAGACACUCAAAGACCAUGUUUUGAUGGCAGGCAUCUUUUUACUGGAAAGCUCUAGUGGAGACUGCACCUGACACUCCAUCAAGCUGCAGUAGUGCUUUCUGAAGAGAUAAUAGGUUGUCGAUGGUGGUGGUGGUUGUUGUGGUAUCCAGUGUGUUAAUUCCUCAUCUAUAAUAUAAUUGAAACAGUUCCUACCUUUUUCUUAGAAAUGUGUUUACAGUUAUUAAAAUAGUUCAACAAUUAUCCACACAAAUCAUAUGCAUCUAUACACAGACACACAUACACACACACAUUCAUAAAUAAAUACUGUAUUAUCAAAAAUAAUAAUACCACAUUAUUACAAGGAAUUUCUUGUACACACUUUAAAAUAGGGUAUUUUUAAAGAAAGUGUUCCCAUUUUUUGUCCAUAUAUAGUGUGUGUGGAUGGUUCAAGGUAAUAUAUUUUUACAAUUGUACAGAGAAUAUUUUUAUCCUAUUCCUUCCCCAUUGGCAUUUGGUAUUUUGGCAUUCAUUUCAGGUGCUCUUUUUUGCUGUAGUUACACAAAUCAGUUAAAUUGGUUUAUUUUUCAAAUUCUAGUUUACAUAGCUCAAAGAUUUGAAUAAAAUUAGCAUACCAUUUAUUAAGAAAUAUGUUUGAAUUUAACCUAUGAAAUAAAAUAUUAAUGUGUAUACAGGUACCUACUGUAUUACAGGCCCAAUACGAAUGAAUAAUUAUUCAUUUACUAAGAGAGCAGAUGGUGAAAAUCAGUCGGUAGUAUCCAUGUCUCAAUUGAAGCACAUAACAGGCUAGGACAUGUUCCUGUAAAGCUUAACUAGUCACUAAGUGAUUUAUUUUGUCAGUUUUGUAGAGAGUUGUGACGCUGAUGUUCUCCUGAUUUACCUUGAUUUAAUUUCUUACACACAAUGAGUCGGCAUGUUGAUCUACAAGUAAGUUUAGUUCGCCUUAUACCCAAUUCACACAUAGAAAAAUAUAGCAAAAUGUAACAAUUUGUUACAUUUACACAAGUGUGUUAAUUAAGUAAUUUUUGUUCCAUGAUCAGCAGAUUAUAAAGUGUGCAUUUUUCGCCACUCCUUUAAGAUUACGCCAGUCCUGGUGCAUGAAUCCACACAGACUAGUUGUUUACUCCUGGGUGGAGAGGGACAUGAUACUGGCAAAAUGGGUAGGGUGGGAUUCGAACUCUGACCUCAAGGAUGAAAGACUAAACAGUAUUUUGCGCACCUCCUAUUCAUCAUAUUGAUGAAUACUUACUGUCCAGGCCUUUGUAAUAAUUAACAAUGUAUUUACUUUAUUUACUCAACAUUAUAAACUCAGGGGUAGCCACCUUGUACACAACAUCCGAUGAGGCUGAGGUGAUGGAAUUUAUAAUAUAUGAGACUUGCCAUCUCAAAACCAGCGUACUGUCACUAAAUGUUAAACUGAACAAUAGCAGUAUUGCAUAAUAGCAGUAUUGUAUACUUUAGUACAUACAGUAGAAGCAUAAUACAUUUACUGCUAACUUUGGUAAGUAAGUAAGUCGAUUCCUGUAAAUAACCUAUUAUUUUAAAGUGGAGAGUAUGAACAUAUUAAGAUGUUAAUUUUCUUGUUUUGGUCACCAAUGGUGGUUUUGGCAUGGCAAGCCCCAUAUUGCAUUUUAAUCUUAUUUUAUUAUUAUUAGAGCAUAUAUUAAUUUAUAAGCAAAAAAUUGUGUUCAAUUAGUAGUUGUAUUUUGUACACCAAAGUCUACCAACAUAAUAACUAAUAUAUUAAAUGUUAAGAAGAUGGCCUAAUGUUUAAGCUGUUUUUUUUUUUGUGCACAAAACCAUCUUUCACAAUAAAUUCUGAUUUGGGUGUGGCUUUGCUAUGUCGUAAGUAAAAAAAAAUGUUUUUGCCACACCACACAUUUUAAUUGGCUCGAAAUCAGAAACCCAAAGGUCCACUGAUUAAUCUCAGAUAAGAUAGUAUAAUACAUACUCCAAGUAUUGGAAUACACGCCAUCGUGUCGGGAUUCAAUAUUUUGACAUUAAUUAUGCCACCAGGCUGGCCAAAAACACUAUAUAAUAAUUAGUCCCUCCCUCUCCCCAAAAUUUAUGGUAGCUCUAUGUUGUAUGAUAAAUAGUGUAAUAGUAAUUCAAUUGGUCUUAUAGUUGAUUAAUUAGCAAAUUUGGGCUAAGCCUCUGACGUUGUAAGAGUAAUGAAAAAUUUAUUUGAAUAUAAUUACAAAUUAGAAUCAAAAUAAUUAUGCUAAUGAGAUGUAUAUGUAUUACUGAUUGAAUUUGAAUAGUUUUAGUUGAUUCUACAAGCAGGUAUAGUUAGCACAAAUUAGUAGUAUUGAUGUGAUUACCACUAUUUGUGAUGAAAUAAAAAGUAUUUGAAUUGUAUACUUUGUAUAAUAUUUUACAAUUGAAAAUUAGAAUAAGUGAAAAAAAAUAAUAAUAAAUUCACCUAAAUAAUAAUAAAGUAAAUAAAUAAUACUGGUAUUCUCUCAGUCCAACCCUUAAACAUAAACUUAGGUUCAAGUUUUGAAGUGGGCAUAUACCCAGGGUGGUCUUACUCCCGAAAAACUAUGAUAUACUUGGUCACAUAAACAUGUUUAUGCAUGGAUGUAAAUUUAUUGUGGUAUCCAUAAAGCCUAACCAGCCAAUCACCAAUCAAAGUAUGAAAAAAGUUAAUCUAGGCUAGUAACUUUAUCCAGUGCCUCAUAAACUUGGUGUCAUGAUACUUAUGUGCUGUUGGCUAUACAUAAAUGCUGCUCUCCUUUAACUUGGUAUCAAAAUUAAUUCUAAGCCUACAUUAAUACUAUGCCAUGCCGAAAACGUUUUCUUCAAUUGGCUAUGUCAGUGCAGCAGCAUUUAUAUCUAUGCACACCAGCUGUCCUUUAGGAAAAAGCAUUUUUGAUCUUUAAUAAAAGAAAAAAAAAAUUAA